AUGAAUCCAGAUGAACAGAAAAAUCGACUUGAUCCUCAAGUAACGCUGCUCGUCGAUAAAAUCGCUGCGCUCACUAAUCGUAUCUCUUCAUCUGAUUUACCUUUUCUCGUUGCUCUCGAACAAUGGCGUGUUGAAUCACAACAAACACUCGACUCCUACUACCAUGAAAAACGUCAAAACUUUCUCAACAGUCGGCUAGAAGAAUUCAAUCGCUUGCGAACCAGUAUCAAAGAACUAAUACGUAUGACAGCAGCAACACAAGAAAACAUUACUACAAUGAAAACAUCAAUUAAUUCGAUUGAAAAAGAAUUAACUCAAGUUCAAUUCAACUUUCGUCCACUGUCAAUCGAUGAUAACCUAAUUAUUCGAUGCACACAAGAUCUUCUACCUUUUCCACCAUCACGUCAACAGAUUGAACUGCCUGAUUGUUCGUAUGCUGUAUUGGCUAGCAAUAAACAACACUUGUUAGUACAUCGAGAACCUACUCUAUGCUUAUUCGAUCGACAAUUGACCAUUAUCAAAGAGACACCGUGGCCUCUAGACAAUAUUUCUGAUAUUUGUUGGUCGUCAAUACUCAAUCGUUUUAUUGUUGUCAAUUGUAAAUAUGUGUUCAUACUGGAUGAAAAAACGAUGGUUCUUGAAUUACUUUUAUCGUCAGAUACAGUCAAUUGGAUACGUGGGACAUGUUCAGACACGAUACUCUACUUAUCAACAGAAGGAGUUGGAUCAUCUAUCUUCGAAUAUACUCUCAUGCCAUCAAGCGUUUUGCUCAAAGAAUGGCAAUCACCGAUGACAUGUACAAAUAAUGAAUGGAUUGAAGAUCUUAAAUUUCAGAAUGGCUUCCUCGGUUUAGUUAUAGGUAGCUGUACAAACAGUGAUGCUCGUCUCGAACUUCGAUCGUCAACGACACUUAUAUCUCUAUGGUCGAUUCAACUCGAAGAAAUAUAUUCAAUGUAUCCGGUUCGCUGUUGCCCAAUUGUUGAUCAGCAAUGGAUGGUAGUUGCUUUUAGAAAUCCAAAAAUCUUUCAUAUUUCUAAAGAUGGACAACUUUUAAACACGGACCAACAAUAUCGAUCACCGUCAAAUAUUUGUCAAAUAGGAAACGAUUUACUUGCCAUAUGGGAUCGAAAAUGCAUUUUUCUUCAAAGUCUCUUUUGA